AUGAGCCUUGUUAAAACCAAUUAGGGCUUUAAAGAUAUUACAACUCAAGUACAAGUGAUUUUCGCUCCAAUUCUCGCACAAUCGACCUUGAUUUUCGCACCACCAAAGUUCCAUUGAAGCUCUACAUCGAAACUUAUCACUCGGGCAAUUGACCUCCAUAAGAUUGCGAUUGCAACAUUGCGAUUUGGGGGCUGAACCAUCAACCAUACCAGGAUGUCCAUGUCGGGGUCGGGAAGCGGAAGUUCCGACAAUGAACCUUCGGCUAAGAAGCUCAAAUUUCUGAUGUCGGAGUCGGAGUUGGAGUUGGAGUUGGAGUCGGAGUCGGAGUUGGAAAGCGAAAAUUCUGACAAUGAAUCUUUGACAAAGAAGCCCAAAAUUGUGCAGGACCCUAUUACUGAUGAACUAGCUCAUCUGGAAGCAACUGAGGAAGCUGCAUUAAAAUCAAUAAUCUGGAAUAGGUGCUCGUAUAUUCUGGAAUUGUGCAAGAAACUAUCCGAUCAACUUUACCAUAGAGUGCUUGAUAGAGCUGCCAUGCUGGUUUGCUUGAUCUAUGACAAGAGAGGACCACUUUACGAGGCUUGCAAGUGGAUUGUCUGUAAGAAAGUUGAUCAUGAUAGAUACUCUCUUUUGAACGAAAAUGAUGUUGCUGCUUUAUUGUUGGUAAAGCUUUUAUGUUUUGAUGGAUUUAGACAUUCAGUUGCAAUUUCUGUGAUAAUUCUAUUCCUUCUGAUGUUUACUUUUGACAUGCAGAUGUAUUGGAGUUUACCGGAUAGGAAGCCUUAUUUAGAUUUUUAUGACAAGGAAUUUGUGAAGAGUGCUAUUGAUGAUGACAUUCAGGAAGCAAUCAGAAAGGCGAAGCUUUUUCCGAGAUUGACGGUUGAUCAAUAUACUUGUUUGCUGAUAGAGAUGGUUAGGGCGAAAGUCAGGAAUGGCUGGAUCUUCUGCUCACCAAAGCUGAGGAGACAAUUGAUAUAGCCUCAUACGCUUAGAUGCUAGUUCAAUAGAGGAUUUAAUGGGGAUAUUCACAGACUG